AUGAGAUCUGGCUCAUUCGCUUGACUGUGGGACAUUGCCAUACCACAACACCACACUACACCAAUAUAAAUCAUCGCCCAUGUUACAUUGUGUGCGCAGGCAAAGAGUGGAGGAAAAGUGUCCCAGACCCAGUUCCAGGUCCAGUUCCAGCUUUGCAAGCAACCCAAGCUCUGUCCUGGCUGUCCUGCACCAAUCGGCACACCUUCCGGCACGCUGUUCGCGGGGACUAUCGACCACUGCCCAAAGACCUCUACCACCGUGCGACCAGCAGAGGAGAGAAGAAAGCAUCACGUCAGACUUCAACUUCAUCCCCUCGUCCUCUGACCCCUUUGCUUCUUCCUGCACCGACCCUGGGAUUGGCCAUUUGCCCACAAACAGCACCCACCACUACCACCACUCCGACGACGCCAGCUUCAACGCCAUCGGAAGCGCCCCGCCACGACUCGUAUCGCCCAACCUUUCCUCCCCAGCGCCCACGAGACCGAAGGCGCUGGAAAGCUGCACAGACACCACUCGUCCAGCACAGAAAAGAGCUCGACACACAAAGAAAAGGCGCGACCUGCAGGCUCGGGAUUUGCUCCGAAAGACCACCACUACUGCCGCCGAACGCUUCCGCCUCACCACCACCACUACCUACCCCUCCACCUCCUCCAAGAUGGCCUUGAACCCGCACAAACAGAACAAAGUCGACGUGAGCGUACGUCUUCACACUCCACACUCACACUCUCCACCGAUACAUCGUCGUCACAUUGUCCCGGAUGUACUGAUACCAUUGUGCGAAUCACUGACUCCAUUCUGGCAGUCCCUCACGGAAGAGGAGCAGAAGCUCUUCCGCUUAUAUGGCAAACUUCCCAACAAGAAGGAUCUCUUCAGUAAGAAGCUGCAGGAGCGGAAGUACUUUGACUCGGGCGAUUAUGCUAUGAGUAAGGCCGGCAAGAACGAUGAUGCAAGUUUGAGUGGUGGUCUGGGGAGGGAGCAUCCGACGCCCGAAAACAUCCCACACCUCUCCCAGCAGGUAUCGGCUGGUACACCCACCACCGAAAACGGUCCUCGGGGUUCCAUUUCGGGUGCUCCCGCCCUUCACCCGACGCUGUCGGGAAAUGGACAACAAGCGGGCUCGCCGGUCAAGGAAGCGAGCCACUUGCACCGCGAAUCAUCGGUAAAUGAGCAGGAUCUUCCGGACGACUUGCAGCAGGCCCGAGCAUCGGAUCAGAGUGAGACGGCCGAUAUACCGAUACGGCAGUAGGGCUCACGGGAUUACACUCGAGCAUGGGCAUUGUGUGAUGUGUGGAAUUGACAUGGGAUGUACGAAAUGAGAGUCGCCAGCGAGCGAACAGUAGUGGGGCGGGCGGGCGUUUCUUACUUAUGAAAAUAUAUGACAUGGACUCCCUGCGAGUAAGAAACGGGCACAAGGACAGUGGGUAGUGGCGUUUCUGGUUUUUGAUGUGUAUGCAAGCAGCAGAGUGAAGUCAGUCUGUGUACGAUGAUACGACCACAUCUGAGGAAUUUCCAUCCUUUCUUGUUCCA